AUGUUAAAUGUGGACCAGCAAUGGGUGGAACUGCUGGAUGACGGGCGCCAACAUCUCGAGGAGUUUGACACCUCCGAUGACCAGGGUGACCUGGGAAAGUUAAUGCUGAACGUGUUCGCCGACCUGAACUCCGGCAAACACAACAACCACUCGUGCCAGUCGUGCAAUAAGGGGCUGACAUAUAUGAAACUGUUUGUCCCGUUUCCCAGUAUAUUGAAACUGUUGGCACAUGUGGUUUGCCCUAUCAUUGAGUCCAUGUUCACGUCUCGCGUUUGCUCUGGCAUUUUAGACCGGAUCGCCGACCCUAUGGUGUAUGUGCUCCAAAAUACCAAUCUAACGGUGCCCGAGGUUUGCGCAGCACUAUUGCAUCCGGACUGUAUGACGCACCUGGGUCUACCUCUAACCCGAUAUGUGCACUGGGAGUUACCGUUGCCUAAACGGCGGCGAUUCAAACCCCGAUACCCACGCAAUAAAAAGCGCCAGCUUAAAAUGUUACACCUAACCGACGUGCAUUUGGACCUGUGCUACGCUCCGGGCUCUGCGUCCCACUGCCGGGAGCCCCUGUGUUGUCGGCCCUCAUCGCCGCCCCUCACCAGCCGGUCAUCUGCGGGCAAUCACUCGGCGGGCUAUUGGGCUGAGACCAGGUUCUCGUGCGACGCCCGACUCGAGUUCGUGGCCGCGGCUAUUAAACACAUGGCCGACCGGCACCGGGACCUAGACUUUAUCAUAUGGACGGGCGAUAACGCACCGCACGACGUCUGGAACACCACACGUGAGAGUAAUCUGCGGCAUAUCCUUGAAGUGACUCGAAUAGUGAAGCGGGCCUUUAGAGGCAAACCGGUGUUUCCCACACUCGGCAAUCACGACACCCAUCCCAACAAUAUGUAUGUGCCCAAUAAGGCGGCCCUCGACUCCAAUGGUGAUGUGUCCAUGAGUUGGCUGUACGACACACUGGCGGACAACUAUUGGCACCAAUGGCUGAGCGCACCGGAGGCUAAGCGCACGUUUAAAUUGGGCGGUUACUACACGGCCCGUAUGGGCAAGGGUUUGGUGGCCAUCGUGCUCAACAACAAUAUAUGCCACCUUGGUAAUGUUUGGAUAGCCUAUGACCCCAUCGAUCCUGAUGGUCAACUCCAGUGGCUGAUUGACCAGUUGGACAGCGCCGAGAGACGGGGCUUAUAUGCUAUUAUCAUCGGUCACGUACCGAUCGAGGAGUGUUACAUGUCGUGGACUAAUAACUACCUGCGUAUAGUGGAAAGGUAUGCGCAGGUGAUUGUAGGCGCGUAUUUUGGUCACUCCCAUAAGGACGAGAUAGCCGUCUAUUAUAGCAAAAACAGUUCGGACAACAGUGUAUAUCCGGUAUCGCACGGCUAUAUCGGCUCCAGUUUGACCACAUUUCCGUCUCUCAAUCCGGGCUACAGAAUAUUCACACUUGAUAGCACUGGUGUGCCCAUAGACUUUACCAUGUACUACACGAAUGUGACCGAGAGCAAUCUGGCCGGUGAUGGACGUCCACCGAAAUGGCUAUUUGGCUAUUCGGCCAAAAAGAGUUACAAAAUGAAAUCGUUGUCUACCCGAUCGUGGGAUCGGUUUAUGACCAAAGCGGCCACCGAUGACCGGUUGGCGGACCUGUAUUUCAAACAUUACCGCCGGUUCAGCGAGGCUUUCAUUGAGGAUAAGGGGCAACGAUAUUACGAUAUUCACCGCAAACGCCGCACAUUACUGAGUAGAAGGGUUGUCAACCCCGCGCACCUACUCCUGCCUAAUCCACAUUAAUUGUCCAAACAAUUAGUGGUUAUGUUUUUAUAAUUACUGUUCAUUUGAU